GACGACGAGGUAAUUGUUGGUUUUGAAAAACCAGUAUAUUCAGAUGUUGAUGAUAAUGAGGAUAAUGAUGAUGAAGCAAUUGCCAAAAUGAAAAGUAAAAAAAAAUCAAAAUUAAAUGGUUUUGAAGCAAUGGGAUUAAGUAGUACAAUAUUACGUGCAUUAAGAGAACAAAAAUAUAAUAAUCCUCAUCCAAUUCAAAAAAUGAUAAUUCCACCAGCAUUAGAAGGACGUGAUAUUGUUGGUAUGGCAAGAACUGGAAGUGGUAAAACAGCUGCAUUUUUAAUACCAUUACUUGAAAAAUUAAAAGAAAGAAGUGCAAAACCUGGUGCAAGAGCAUUUAUAUUAUCACCAACACGUGAUUUAGCGCGACAAACAUUUAUUUUUUUUAAAAAAUUAGCUAAAUAUACAGGUUUAAGAGCAGCAUUUAUUGCUGGUAAUGAAAGUAUGGAUAAUCAAUAUGAUUUAUUAGUUAAAGAAAAACCAGAUGUUAUUAUUGCUGUACCUGGAAGAUUUUUACAACUAGCAAUUAAUAUGGAUAAUGAAUAUAAAUUUGAUAAUAUACAAUAUGUUGUGCUAGAUGAAGCUGAUAGAUUAUUUGAAAUGGGAUCAGAUUAUGAAAUUCAAGAAAUAAUAAAUCGUUUACCUGAAACAAGACAAACCCUAUUAAUAUCAGCAACAUUACCAAAAGUUUUAACUGAUUUUGUACGUGUUGGUUUAACAAAUCCAUAUCUUGCUAAAUUAGAAUUAAAAUUACCAGAUAAUUUGACAAUGCGUUUUGUAUUAUGUCGUACUGAUGAAAAAAUUGCUGUAUUAUUACAUUUAUUAAAAUUUGUUAUUAAAAAUGAUUCACCAACAUUUGUAUUUGCUGCAUCACAUCAACAUGUUGAAUAUUUAAAUAUGAUACUUGAAAAAGCAAAUAUAUCAAAUGCAAUGAUUUAUGGUGCAAUGCAUCCAACAGCAAGAGAAAUAAGUUUAGCUAAAUUUAAAAAUAAAAUUGUUAAAGUACUUGUUACAACUGAUGCUAGUGCACGUGGUAUUGAUAUUCCAUUAUUGGAUAAUGUUAUUAAUUUUCAUUUUCCACAUAAACCAAAAGAUUUUGUACAUCGUGCUGGACGUUGUGCACGUAAUGAUAGAGCUGGUACAGCAUACAGUAUUGUAUCAGGUGAUGAACAUGCACAUUUAUUAGAUGUUAAAAAUUUUUUAAAUUUAACACUUGAAUCAACAACAACAAUUGAUACAUCAAAUAAUGAAGUUAAAGCAACAAUUGGUACAUUACCACAAUCAUUAAUUGAUGAACAAGUAUCAGAAAUACUACGUUGGCAUAAAGAAUGUGCUGAUCUUGAAAAUAUGUCAAAUGUAUGUAAAAACAGUUAUCAAAAAGUUAUGAGAACAAGAAAAAUAGCAACAAGUGAAAGUUGUAAAAAUGGUAAAAAAUUAAAUUUAACAAGUGCUGGUAUUAUUGCUGAAUUAUGUCCAACAACAUCUACAACAACUGAAAAUAUUGAUAUAUUAUCACAAAUGAAAAAUUAUCGUCCAUCUGGUACAAUAUUUGAAAUUGGAAAAAAAUCAGCAUCAGUUGGUUAUAUUGUUAUGAAAGCAAAACGUCAAUUACAUUCAAAAUCAAUAAAUAAAUAUAAAGAACAAGAAAAUGAAUUUAAAGAAAGUAUUAAACAAGAAAAAGAAUUAUCAUCAAAACGUGGUAAAUUAGAAGAAUCAACUGAACAAGAUAUUGAACAAAUAUUUGGUGAUAAUAUAAGUUUUAAAAAACGUAAAAUGAAUGAUUUAUUUAAAGCACCUAAAAAAGUUAAACGAGAAAAUUUAAAAGAUGAUGAAUUUUAUAUUCCAUAUGCAGCAACAGAUAAAAAUAUUGAAGAAGGUCUUGCAAUAAGUAGUAGUAGUGCAAAUGAAUUAAUGAAUAAUAAAAAUUUACCAGCACAAAGUAAAAAAUGGGAUAGAAAAAAGAAAAAAAUGGUUACUGUUAAUAAUAAUUCAAAAGCUGGAAAAAUACGUACAGAAUCUGGUGUAUGGAUACCUGCAUCAUACAAAACAGAUUCAUUUAAACGUUGGAAAGAAAAAUCUAAAAUUGGUGAUACAAAUGAUUCAUCAGAUGAUGAACAAGAAUCAUCUAAAUUCCAAAAUUUAAAAACUGGUCCAAAAACUCACUGGGCACGUCACAAUCAAAAACUCAAAGAUAAAGUAAAAACUAAACAAGAACUCAAGAGACCAGAACAAAUAUUAAAACAACGUAAAUUGGCUGAAAAAAAACAAGCAAGAAGUGGAAAAAAAGGUAAAGGUAAAAAAAAAAGUAAAGGUAAAGGAGGAAAAUAAAAAAUAAUUUUUUAAUUGUAUCACUUUAAAUUGAUAAUAAAAAACUUUUCAAAUAAAAAAAAAAAAAAAA